ACAGAAUGAGAUACACGUCGUACGAUUUGACGCUUGUGUUUCUGCAAAUUAAACAUAAUCUCAUUGUCAACAUGGACGUUUGCAGUUUUCAACUUUCCGACCGACCCUGAACAACAAUGAUCACGUGACUGAAAACGGAAGUAGCUCUUACUUGACCUCAACAAGUAAGCGGUCUUACUUGACCGCUUCUGUUUGAAUGUGAGAAUAUUGUUGUUUGUAUCUUGAUAUGAUCGCCCCCACCCCUUUAGUGAUUUUAGAAGAAGUAAUUUCAGUUCUGUACUGGUAUGAUGGAUGCCAAUCUAUUGUACUGGAAGAACCACGGAGAGUCUGUAUUUAGUCGCCUAAAGAUCUGGGUAAAUCUUCUGGAUCCAUCCUUUCUGCUCACAUCAAACACAGAAAUACAAGAAACUUACAACCAACUCAGAAGUGCAGAAAAAUUCAACAAAAAGGAUGAACAUUCAUGGAACAUCUCCCUUUCAUCCAUCCAUGCUGAUUCUGGUUCUGUGCUUCCACUAGUUUUCCGCCCUCCAGCCUUUUUGCCAUUUACAGCUCCUUUGGUAGUUGCCAGCUUUUUGCCACAUAGAAAUAUCAAACCAACUUUGUUCUGGCAGUUUUUGCUACAAAGUUACACUGCCGGUUUCAACUAUGCAAACAGAAAUUGCUCCUCAGAGAAGGGUCAGACGCCGUCUCCGAAGCAGCUCCUCUUGAUAGCAGGCACAGUCUCAUAUGCAACAUGCGCGGGGGCCCUUCCUCAAAUUAUUGUGAACCGACUAGGUAUCAGAAGUCUAUUCAUCCAAAAUUUCUUUAGGUUCUUCGCAACAAUCCCACUCUCAGCUGCUCUCGCUUUCUUCAACGUGUUUACUGUCAGAGAGGAGGAAUGUCAAAAUGGUAUCCAAGUGUUCGAUUCCAAUGGCAAUUCUGUCGGCCUAUCUAAGGCAGCGGCAGAAAAGGCUGUGAUGGAAACUGCAUUGUCAAGAGCAGUACUGUUUGGCACAACUGCUGCUGUUCCAAGUCUCCUGGUUUCAGUCUUACAGAGAACAAGAAUCUUCCAGAAGAAUGCGCUGCUGGUCGCUCCUAUCCGUCACAUCAGCGUAGCAUUUGUCUUAGGCCUGAUGAUCCCACUUUCAUUCAGUCUCUACCCCCAAUUGGGGAUGAUAAGGAAAGAAAAUGUUGAUGAAGACCUACAGGCCAAGGUGGCUGAAGAACAGUUAUUCUACCACCGAGGACUUUGAGCAAGUUUAAUACAACUGAAACUAGUAGGCUUGGAUGUAAAAUGACUAAGCAGUGCAUUUUUUUUACAUUACUUUUAAUUAAUAAAGGAAGAAUAUUCAGCGUAUCAAUCAAUGCCAAAUACACAUCUGCUCAUACUAGUAAAUGCAACCCUCCAACAUCAUACUGUAUUGUGAAUUCUAUGCACUGAACGAUGUACCGGUAAUCAAAUACUGAGGCACUUAACUGUCCUUCUGGCAAAUGCAGACCACAACCCAAGUACUUAUUAGUAACAUUUAAAAAACCUGAACAGAGAGACAAUGCAUCUGUAGGCGUAGACAAUGAUCUGUUAACAAGAUAAUAUGAAAUGAAACACUUGUUUCAACAAAUGUGAAAUGGUUAGCAAAUCAAUAGAAAAACUGACUUGGUUUGAAAUCGUUGUAUAAUUAUUGUUAGCACUAUGGCAACCAAUCCAAAGCUUGUUUGUUCAUUCCCACCCCUCCCCCAAAACUGACGUGAAAAAUUGACUGGCAAAUAGUUUAUUAUAGUUUCUGCCCAUGCAUGAGGUAUGAAGAUAAAAAACCCAGUAAUUUUUCUAUUACUUGCUUGUUGCUGUCAAUGUGUCUGUGAGCUGGCACUUCAUCGUUGUGACAACACAAUUCUGAUCAUUUCGAUUGUAACUGCGCCUAGCACCCAAAUACCUCAACUCUCCUCCCAUGGAAAAGAAACCACCACUUUCAAGCCAUG